CUUUUGCCGAAUGUUUUCCCCACGACGAGGUACAUCUGGACUCCUUUGUUCGAUACCACUUGAACUCGCUGGAAAUGAGCAUCAACCUCUUUGAGAAGAUUCAUCAGGAUGAACAAUUAGUGCGGAGGGAACGCCAGUCUCAACCCUCUAGCCCUGGUAGAGAUGGGUGGGAUUGCUCGCUCGAUAGAUCUCCUUGCAAAUGGUUAUCUUUGGAGAACAACAGUCACCCCAAGAGGCUGAUCUCGACAGGGCAUGAGAAAAUGAUCUUGCCCAAUCCCAACAUGCAGCUUCCACAUUACGUUUACCCCUUUGACAUGUGGGUGACAAACGUUGGUGGAGGCGAUUUGACCCUUUACAUCAAUGGCAAAGAAAUCAUACCGCAUGGCUCCGGCGUGGACUUUCUAAUCCCUGCUGGGACCAUCGCAGACGAUGUUUGGUACGAGUCUCAGAGCGGCACCAUGAUCCUCUUCUACGGAUCAUGCUCCCCCAAUAAUCCCUGUGUAGGCAGAGAAGUUGUGCCUUGGACCCGAGGGGUCUCCAAUAAGAGAUCAGGCCAGCAAGGAGAGAUUGAUGUAUCGCAGUACAACACUGAUCUCGUGCUUACGAUUGCUAUCACGGAGCCAACCUCUGAACAAUACACGAUUUACGCCGACGGUAAGGAAAUCGGCAGUACACAUGGGAGACUCACAUUAGGAAAAGACAAGUACAGUACAGACCACAUCAACAGGGUCAACGUGGGAUCUGGAGCUGCCGGUGCUCUACGAAGCAUCGCGAAUGACGGAUUUUGGGGGUCAUUCAAGAUCCCGAGAGGAACUCGCAAGAUUAAAAUCAGCGAUGAAGACUCUAACUAUGACUUUGCCUUUGAGUACCGCCUUGACAAAGCAUGCAUAUCACCUUUUGCAGCUGUUUCAUGUAAUGAUAAAACGCACUCCAUGAUGCCUCGGUUCAUAUAUCUCAUGAAGGCUAACUCCAUGGCCGAAGCGCCACCCUGCGAGAUAUCGCCGGAGAUAUUUGAGGCUAUGUGCAAAUACAACGAAGAGUUGAACGACGCGGGCAUCUUACUCGAGGCUGAAGGCCUCCGGCCGACUUCAGUUGACAGCUAUCGGCUGCACUACUCAACUGACAAUCUACCGGGGGUAACUCCAGGCCCCUUCGACGUCACUACUGAGACUCACAUCUGUGGCUGGUGGGUUGUUCGAACCAAGGAUGCGGAAGAGGCACUUGAAUGGGCCAAAAAGAUCCCGAUGCAAUCCGGGGAGAUUGUG